UGCGUCUUUCGGGUCGAGCGGGUUAAGUGCGUUUGACUCUUUUGUUCCGGAACUGUAAUGCGAAGCAGUGAUUUAGUGAUUAGUAAAUAGUGAUAUUUAUUCUGGCUGUUCAACGUGAUAAGUAUUAGCAGCAGGGCCAGAGCGCCAGAAGUGAAAUAUUCUUGCGAAAAACAAAUUUCCCCUGUUCGUCGAUGGGAAAACGUUCGCUCGUUCGUUCGUCAUAUGACGAUGCGUUUCCUAUAAGCAGCUGAUCCGCGAUCUUCGUUUAUCGUCGACGGUGGACGGUUUGUUUGCAAACAAAACCACAGCGGAUCCGCGCCCGUUGAGGCUGUUUUUUAUAGUCCUGUACACCGUGUGGAUAUAAAAAUAGUCCAGGUCAUUAUUUCGUUGGUGUUGUUUUUGUUUUUGUUUGGUUGUUGGUUGCAAGAUUGUGUGUUGAAGUGGCAAAUUUCGAAACGAUUUUGCGCAAAGUGCCAGCAUGACCCCGAAUGGGCUCAAAAUCUGCCGGGCGUGAUAAAUCUUAGGUGGAAACGUUCGGCCGAGUUGCGUCAUCGAGAUUCUACUGCGACGUUACUUUGUGGUGGCGCUGCAAGCCGCAUUUGUUAUUCAACAUUUUUUCCCAGCAAUGAGGGAGUUUCUGCGUUAAAUAAAGAACCUUUCUUCACCAUAGAAGAAAGCGGUUUGUUUGUUGCCGACGGCGUGAAUGUUCAUCGAUGAAAAUUCAAAUCACUGGAUAGAGUUUCAUACCCAUGCUACUCGUGGGUGUGUUUCGUGUUUGUGUUCUAGUGCUUACCUCAUCAGAAGUAUCGUGUUUUAAUACAUUUUACUAAGUACAUAUGCCGGUUGAUAGUGCAAGAUGAUCCUUGGAAUUGCCGUCGGCUAUAGGAUUCAUUGCAUUGUUGCGGAUAAUAACAAUCGGAUAAAACCGCAUGGACGCCUUUUCAACGAAACGUAAGCAGCAUUACACAAGUGGUGACUUUUACUCGCCAGCCCCAUAUUCUAAACAGACGCAGAGGAAACGGAACGUGCUUUCCAAGCUGGAGGUAUUCCGCAUGCUAGCCCCUCAACUAGACCCAUUAUCUAGGCGUAGUAAUCGCCGUAAUCUCGAAGAAUGGAUGUUAUUAGAGUCUCUAAUAGUAGUACCAAUAUCAACGACAGUGCCGGUUCGACGCCAGCCGGUCACCAGCAGCUGUACUUUUCGAAGGGAAAGGACAUUACCGGCAGCAGCGGCAACAGGAUCGGUUUGAAUCAACCGCCGACGACUGCGACGACAGCAGCGACGUCGCUGCCGUCCUCGAGCAACCACUGUAGCAGUGGCAGUCAGUUUAGCUUCGGCUCGACACCGAAGCAAUCGCCGGGCGGCGGUGUUGGGUUUGCCGGGUCUGCCGUUUCUUCCUCGGGUGGUUCACUCGGAUCGGAAGGACUUGCGCAGACGUCUAGUGAUUCGGGUAAUAGUUCUUGUGUUAGCACUGGUGGCGGUGCAGCCGUGGAUGAUCCAGAAACUAAAAACGCCAGCUUCGGAAGUGCUGACGGGUUCGUCGGAACGGUGGCUGCCACUGUUAGUGAAGAUGAUGAAGAGCUCGAACCGAAGGGUGACGGCGACGAAAAAAAGUGUCUUUUGAACAAGAACAUUUACGUGAAUAAGAUCUAUGAUGAAGGCAUUGAGUGCGGUCAAGAAAAAGUGUCAUCGCGGUUCGCCGACGUUCGCGGUAGUUCGACGGAAGGAGAUGAUAAUGCGGAAGAUGUGAAACCAUUGUUGCGCGUCAGGGUGGACAACGAGAAGCAACGUAGACCGAAAAGUAUUGUGAAGAGUCCUUCGAAUGUAAGUUUCGGUAAGGAACUGAAUGGUGAUGUUCAGAAGCCGCGGUUGAAUUUGCAGUUCCAGCAGCCGGUCGAAACGGUCAUUGGCGAUCGACCGGUACUGCAUGUGCAAUUUUCGAAGCAGGAGAAUGGGUACUGCUGUCGGGAUUCGGAUGGGGAACAUGAGCUUGACGGUAAUAACAAGCAAAGCAUCUGUGCCAGUCCCGUGGGUAGUAUUCUAUCGCACGGUUCUUCCAGUACGACAUCUUCCGGAGCCUCUUCGAAUGAGAACAGUUCCUUGGGUGGAUAUGCCGAGGCGAGACCACCGGACGGUGGCUGGGGUUGGGUAGUUUGUUUUGCAUCCUUUAUGGUGAAUCUGAUUGCCGACGGAGUAACGUUUAGCUUCGGGGUGUUGUACGUGGAGCUGUUGGACUAUUUUGGCGAAGGAAAAGGUAAAACCGCCUGGGUUGGGUCCUUGUUUAUGGCAAUGCCGCUGCUGUCCGGUCCGGUGGCUUCGUUUCUAACGGAUCGCUACGGCUGUCGAAAUGUUACCAUUGUCGGUUCGAUUCUAGCUUCAUUCGGUUUCGCAAUUUCGGCAUAUGCAGACUCUAUCGAAAUGCUUUAUUUGACCUUCGGUGUACUGGCCGGUUUUGGGUUAAGUCUUUGUUACGUAGCGGCCGUAGUAAUAGUGGCAUACUAUUUUGAUAAAAAGCGAUCCUUCGCCACGGGACUGUCGGUGUGCGGCAGCGGCAUCGGAACGUGCAUCUUUGCUAAAAUUACACAAAUCCUGCUGGACGAGUAUGGAUGGCGCGGAACAACGCUCAUUCUGGCGGGCAUUUUCCUCAACAUGUGUCUUUGUGGCCUUCUCAUGCGUGACCUCGAAUGGACUACGCACAAAUCGAAGCUUAAGCGAAAACAGAAGCAGGAAGCUGACUCUUAUUCGGUUAGCAACAGUACCAACACAGCCGGGACAACAAGUAAUCUGAACGCCACUGAUGCCAACUCUGGAACGGCUGUUGGCAUGGCUGGUGGCACCGGAAACUUCAUCAAAGGCGUCAAUGGUGAACUGAUCGACCCAGAUGAUCCGCGACUAUUUAGCUCGUUAAUUACACUUCCCACCUUUAUCAAAAACGGGGAAAAAGUACCAUUUGAAGUAUUAGAAUUACUCUACAAGCACCGAAAUGUGCACGAGCAUGUUUUGCAAAAUUAUCCUAAUCUGCUACAUUCUCGUAGCUUUAGCGAACCUUUAGGCCCUAAAAGUAAUGAACUCUCGCCGGAGAAGACGGCCAAUUUGGACCAAACGGCAGCUGGUACCGAGGGUUCCCCCUUGAACCCGACACCGCACAUUAACCUUUUACCUCCGGGGCAUGACGUCGAACAGCAGCAUCCAUUCUUACGCCGGGUGCACAGCCAUCGUAGUGGUGGAGUUCGAACACCGACCACCGCCUAUUUGAAAGAUUUACGAAUGCAUCGUCAUUCAUUGACGUAUCGUGGAGCCAUGCUGAACAUCCAACGGUACCGUUUGCGUGCAUCGUCCUGUCCAGACAUAUACCGUAACUCGAUGACGACGAUUGCGAAGGAGAAAACCGCCUGGUAUCAGGGAAUAGAUGAGUUCAAAACACUGCUGGUCAGUAUUUUGGAUCUCUCUUAUUUCCGUGACAUCCACUUUCUGCUGUUUGCGGUCUCCAACUUUCUCCUGUACACUUGGUACGAUGUGCCCUACGUCUACUUGACGGACAACGCAACGGAGAUGGGAUUCACACCUUCGCAAUCGUCGAUGCUGAUUUCGAUAAUCGGUAUUGUUAACAUGGUUGGAGAGGUUGUCCUCGGUUGGAUGGGAGACCGCAAAUCCGUGAAUGCUAACUUUACCUACGCUGUCUGCAUGGGAUUUUGCGGAUUAGUGACCGCCAUGGUUCCGUUGUUCUCCGAUUACAUCAGCCUAUCCUUUUUGGCGGGUUCGUUCGGGCUAUUUAUUGCUGCCAACUACUCGCUGACAAGUAUCAUUCUGGUGGAGUUGAUAACACUGGAGCGUUUCACUAAUGCCUAUGGUUUGCUGCUGCUGGUGCAAGGAGUGGCCAAUCUUGUUGGACCACCGCUGGCCGGAUGGAUUUCGGAUAUUACGGAGAAUUACAAUUUGUCGUUCUAUUUAGCCGGCUUGUUUAUCGCUCUUUCGGGGCUGCUGCUGCUGGUGUUGCCUGCUAUCGGACGGUACAAGAAAUUUAACGAGAGACGUGAAUCGAAAGGGAAAAAUACGGCUUUCGAUUGCUAUGGGAUGAAUAGUUUGACGAUUCCAUCGAAGGGGACGACCGGCAACAACAUCAACAGCAAACCCAACGGCGCCACGGUGCUACUGACCGAUCGUUUCGUACCGGAAAAGCCCGAAAUUGAUGGCGCCUGCGUCUAAGCAAAGCAACCAGGCAAAGCGGAUGAGCCCAGUAGCAUUAAGGGAAAAGCAAGGAGGAGUAGGAACGAUACUACUAAUUGGUGGCGGAGUUGAGGAAACAACAAAACAGUACACUCUUUCCGUUCCACUUUUGGAUGUGAAUAUUUGAUGUGAGCUUUGCAUGCGUAGCAUAGGUAACAAUGUAUCAAGUUUUGGUUGCGCUAGGGGAGAAAGUUCUCAAAUUUGUUUCGGUUUUACGUGACUUUUCAUUCGUUAGUAUUAGUAGUUUGAUUAAUAAGUCGAAUUUAAGGAAGUGACAUACCUACAUUAAUAGAUAGCUCUUCCAAGAAGCGGUAGCGUAGGUUUAGAACAUGAUCACUGAUUUUGUAUUUCAGAAUGCGAUGAAUAAAGUUGAGUUGAUCAUUUCGAUCUACAAUUAUCCACUCCCACACCAAUGAUUCUAAACUGUGGGCCACGAAUUAAGACAAACAAUCGAUCCUAGAUUAGAACUAAACUCGCUUUUAGGUCAACAAAAGGAAUAUUUCAUCUAUCUUAUAUUAGAUUUUUCUUUUAUCCAAAUAGACAUACCGUGCAAUUGUCUUGUUUCGAUUUGAUAUAUUGAAAAUUUGCAAGAUCUGAUUAAAGACAUUGCCGAUAAUGGCUUAUUAAAGUACGCGGAUCACCAGAUUGUUUUCCAAAUGCUGUAACCGUUUGAAAUACUAAUGUUGAAUGUUUCAAAUACAUUUUAAUUUUACUUCCAAUUCUUUACGAUGAAAUGAAUCACUAGUUAGUAAUACCCAGUUAUUUUUCAAAUUUAUCUUUAGAUAAUAGAUUUUGUCUUAAAUAUAGCGAGAUUUACCUGUUCGAAUUACCUUUUAAGAUGAAUACAGCAACCAUUGCAGAAACUUCCGAAGGUUUAUCCUACCGAUAUUCUUCGGAUGCUUGAAAGCAAAUCAACUGCUCUGCUAUAGUGUAGUCGCAAGAACGAGCAAAAUGAAAUCAAUUUAUGGUAGCAGAAUACGAUUUACCUUCCAAUCCUGUUAGUUUCAAUCCUCACUAAUUAAAAGUAACGGUUAGGAUGACGUUUUCCCUGUCGAUAAAUUCUGAAUAAGCUAAUGAAACAAAAGUAAAAAUCUUUGCAAACGCCGCAGAAUAAAGACAGCAACAAUACAGACAUAAAAUUGAAGUAAACUUUUCGAUUUCGUAGUUGAUCAGAGUUGAGUGCCGGAAGCAAAACUCACAAGACAUUGAAUAACAAAAAAAUAAUAUUUAACAAAGCUAAUAAUAAUCGUAGGUAUAACAGAAGGUUUGACAGAAUAAACAAAAUAUAUAUUCAUCAGCUGUGAUCACCUAGUAAGUAUGUGCAUAUAAGUAUAAUCAAUUCUGGUGAACAAGAAAAAAAACCAAAUAAAAAACUAAUGAGAAGUAGGAAAAGUACGUGAAAAAUCUCUCACAAAGAGGACGAUGAGGUGGGCAGAUAUGUGCAAGUUUAUUUUAAAUAAGUUUCGGUUUCUUGCUUAUUUGAAGGAGAAAUAGAGAACAGGCUAUGAAACACAAAACAAAAACACAAGGGUUGAAGAAACUCCAACCAAAAAGUGCGGCAGCAUUGGUGUGAUUUUUUUUUGCAAAAAAAAAGAUCACCUCGUUGUGAAUCCAAAUAUUAGGAAGAAAAGACUAAACUAAUUGAAACACUAUGGUCAGGGGGUGCACGGUUGCCAAAACUACUAAAUUUUGUAACAUAAUGGAAUGGGAAGGAUCAAACUGUAAACUAAACGGCGACAGAAGUUCUUUUGAUUGCUCAAACUUUCAUCAAUUUGUGUUUCUCUUUAACAGAAAAAAAAGAAUACAAUAGAGGAAAUUAUAUUUUUUCUACUAUCCAAUAUUGUGUAAAUAAAACAAAAAAACAAUACCAUAAGUGUACAUAAUUGCUUUUGGUUCAACUGUAGUAAUUUUGUAAAAAUUUGAUUAGGAUUGGUUUCGAUUGGAUUUGCAUACUACAAACAAAACAAACAAAACUAUCGGUGGGUAAGUCAAACGACAGAGAAACAACGGAUGAAGAAAAUUACGACUGGUUUGCGGGAACGAUUUGCACUUGUACGCUAGAUGAUGAACAACAAAACCAAUGAUUUACACACACCAAUUGUAAGGGCGGGGGAACGAACGCGCUAGAGAGCAGCCGGAGAGCAAUUGUAAAAGUUAGGAAAGGAAAGUAAUUAUUUUUGAAACUAAACGAUAAAUAAUUAUAUUUAAUGCCUA